UUGUUGAAGAGGCUGAUAAUUGUAAAGCCACUAAGUUAGUGACUAAGUGACAAUUAACCAAGGAAAGCAUGUGAUAUGCAUAAUAAACGUUAAACACAUUUUCACAAUUUGCAGACGAACUUUUGUGUGCACGCAUACAUGCUGAAAAGCAGUCAAUUACUAUGGCAACCACAGCGGCAUCAAGAGUUGCACAACUGGUGUGUUAUCUCCUCUUCCGACUGCUUUUACCAUGCGUUCUCUUAGUCGGUGCUGUGGUGAGAUACAAUGCUGUGUCGUUUUUGUACACGGUGUUCUUGUUGCUGUGUCCACUCAUGCCAGCCCCAACAUCAGUCACAAUCAGAGGUUGUACAGGCAGGUACCUGCGGUUUGUGUUUGGGCUGGGACUGUUUGCAAGUCUUGCCCAUGGAGUUUUCCAUAUUACACUCAAGGCUAUGGCUACUGAUAGCAAGCCAUAUGGGUCCAUGUUUACAAACUGUUCUACAUAUGAACAGUUGGUCAGACAGAUUGGCCUGGAAAGGUUGGACACUGCUCCAACUGUUGACAUCUUCCGACUGGUCAUACCGGACGUGGCAGUGUUUGUGACAGCGCUGAUUGUCUACAUCGUCUGCUGGAAGCUGCUCCCGGUAGAAGCGGGGCAGUGCCAGUCUGAACUACCCACGGUCGUGAGGUCUCAGCUGAAGCGAAAGGUCAUCAGCGUCGUGGAGUUCAUUGGCGAGGCCAUGUUGGUGUUACUGCUGGCAGCUAGUGGAAUCAUUGCCCCGAGUGUCUUGUCUUCAGUGUACUUUUUGUCUUUCCUGUUUUUAGCGACUUUAUGGUCAAUGUAUGGCAACCUUGGUCGGAAGUUUGCCGUGUUCCGUGUUUUUUUACUGGUGUUCAACACGUGCCAUAUACUAGUCCUGCACCUCUACCAAUUUCAGUUCUUUCAGCAGGUUAUCUCACCAACAGACUUCAUAGCAAGGUUGCUAGGACUGAUCGCUGUGGUGAAGACUGACUGCAGCAGCCCAUACCAGAUCUUCUUCUAUGACACUUCAAAAUGGCAGAACUUUAUCAAUCCAGGCAUUCUGCUGAUCCUGUUCUAUACCUUGGCAGUCGAAAUACGACACCAUUGCGAGGACAAGACACUGGUCUUGUCCCACCAACCUGACGCAGCCAGGACACAAAAAACUAGGAGGCAUCGUCAGCGGAAACGAGGUUCUGAGCGUGAGGUACCAAGGACACUGGAUGAGAGCCAGAAAGAGCACUUGGUGGUAGCGGAGAUACGGGACUACAGCAGCCUGGAGCCGAUUAACGACACCAUGGACCGGGAAGGUUCCCCAACCAUGCUCGGUGAGGAGGCAGGAACCAAAAACUCGGAAGGGAACCAAGAACAGGAUGAGGGGCCAAAGCGGUCUGCCUGGGUGACGUUUUUCGUUUACGUCAUGCGACAAAGCUACGUGCUGUCUCUGAUAGCUAUGAUGGUGUGGAGUAUCCUGUUCCACAGCUGGCUCACGUUUGUACUGCUGUUGUCCGCCUGCAUCAUCUGGAUGUUCUCCAAUUCCCGGCGCAUCUGCUACGUCCUCUCGCCCUUCAUACUCUUCUACGGGAUCGGGUUGCUGUGCAUCCAGUUUGUGUUCGGUAUGGACCUUCAGAAGGAGUUACCCAUUGAGAGCUAUGGCAUACAGCUAGAGGACAUCGGUCUCAGGAAGUACCCACACCCUUGUAAAGAGCUCGCAAUUCAGGUGGCAUUUACUCUAUGUUUUUGGCUCACCCUACGCCAGUAUGUCCGCGAGAAACGGGACUCUGUUCUGGCAGAUGGAGAGAAAUACCCGCUAGAAACCGUGGGGGGAACAGCACCAACGACUCCUAACUCACGCAAAUCCUUUACAGAGAUGAUACAAUCAAGGCCGGUGGGUAUGGAUUCAAUGGAGGGGUCCGACAGUAGCUCAAUGGUUUGGAUAGGCCUGUAUGUGUGGACCCUGCUGUGCAAGUACUGGAUCCUGGUCUGUGCCAGUAUGCUGCUGGUGAUCUCUCUACAGGAGGUGGUCGUCUACAGGAUCAUCUACAUGAUCCUCUUCCUGCUCUUUGUUCUCACCUUCCAGUUUGCGUUCACUUUCUGGCGUGUGACAAUGCGCCUUUUCUGGUGGCUUGUGAUCCUGUACUCAAUGCUGGUACUGAUCAUCCUCUACACAUAUCAGUUCGACAACGUGGCCGAGGCUUGGCGAAACACAACGAAACUCAGCGAUGACACGUUGGCAGACAUCGGUCUGGAGCACUUCGACACGAAAGGCUUGUUUAUCCGUCUACUUACGCCAACGUGUUUCUUGAUUCUCGUGAUACUGCAGGUGCACUAUUUCCAUCAGCCUUUCAUGCAGCUAAGUGACAUCAACAGAUACAAGAAAGCUGAGAUGGAAGGACCCACCACACCUGUCUUACCCGUCUCACCUGGCUCGCACACCACCGUCACACAGGGAUCAAUGGAUGCCAACAAAAAAAAGACUGUGGGUAAAAGGUUUAAAGCCUGUGUAAAACGAACCUGGAUCAAGGCUGGUGAGAUCUGGGAUUUGAUUACCUGGUUUCUAUGGCGACUGGCAGAAAUACACAUCUUCAAGGUUGUUGCGUUCAUCAUCAUCAUGACUUGCGUUUAUGAGGUGUCUGCAGUGAGUGCGGUGUACGUGAUACUGCUGGCUGUGUUCUUGCCCAUGACAGGGCUCUGGUUCGUGCUCUCCCACCUGGCGCUGCUCUGGACAGCCCUGGUCAUCCUCUCCAAGAUGAUCUAUCAACUGGAUCUGGUCGACAACAAGCCCUGGCUCACUAACUGUACGGGCAACAUAUCCCAAAAUUGGCCAUUCAACGAGACUAUCAACAAUGCCAAGUGGGUGGGGAUGGACAGAUCAGAACACCUUGGAUAUUACUUGAGGAAUUACAUUGGCAUACUGCUGAGCAUUGUCCUGGAGCGUAUUGUGGUGUACCGUCAGACCCAGUACUACAACACGCCCGGGGUUGUCAAGCCCAAAACGGGCAUCAUUUUCAGCGACAUCCAACGCAAACAGGCUGAUGAGGGCCUCAUUGAAUGUGGAAAGUUCUUCUUGAACUAUUUCUUCUACAAGUUUGGACUAGAGCUGUGCUUCAUAAUGACAGCCAUCACCAUCUGUGUGCGUGUCGACGCCUACUCGAUGCUCUACGCGGUACUGCUGGGUAUUCAGCUGCUCCUGAGUAGGCGGUGCUGCGCCCGGGUUUGGCCGGUCUACACCAUCAUACUGGUCAUACUGCUGCCUCUCCAGUACCUGCUGGCACUGGGUCUGCCAGUCGGCUUCUGCUAUCAGUACCUGUGGGAUGCUACAGUGUGGAUCUUGAAGGAGGAUGAGACAAUGGAGCUGGAACAAUGGUUCUACCUCCCGGACUACUUUAGCCCCCCAAACUCCAUCAAACUGGUCGCGGAUUUCUUUCAACUGCUAUUUGUGUGCCUUCAGUGGAGGGUGUUUAGGAAGGAAAUGAGAUUCAAGGGGGUUGAGCUUGACGGAGGGACGAACGAGGACAUUUUGCCUGAAGUAGAGGCCAAGCAGCCAAUACCGGUGUCUGACUUCACCACCAAGAUAACAAAGUACAGGAAAGUAUCAUACAGCUCCUACCUCGACGUUGUGAAGAACUUCGUGUUCGUGUACAUGUUCUGGGUGACACUGGCGAUAGUGUUCAUUGCGGGCACGUCACGUAUCAACCUGUUCAGCAUGGGGUACGUGAUGGCUGUGUUCUACUUCAUGUGGUUUGAGCGCGAGUUCCUGAUCAAGCCUCUGAGAAGACUCUUGAGAGCGUGGAAUGGACUACUUGGACUCUGCUACUUCAUCAUGCUGCUGAAAGCUGCACUCCAGUUGCCCAGCUGUGUGUACAUUGACUUGAUCAGCUCCAAGGCUUGCUGGGUGGUGCAACUUUUGGGGAUGACCUGCUUGCGCCCUGGAUAUGUACCAAAAAUUGCUGACACAGACUGCGUGGUGGCUGAUGACAACACAGGCCUGUCCUUGGACGUGGUCUGCUUCGUCUUCCUGCUUCUGCAGCGUAAGAUCUACACGAGCCACUACUUCAGACACGUUGUGGCGGACUUUGAGGCGCAGAACAGGCUGGCGUCCAGAGGGUGUCAGCUGAUCAACCGCAUCCUGAUGCAGCAGGUGGACAAACAGAAGAAAGAAGAGAAGCAGAUCAUCUACGCCAUCAAGAAGAAGAUGAGAUCACUCAAGGAGAAGCAGAAGAACAUCAAGAAGAAGUUUGUGGAACCAGAAGAGCAUUUUCAAGCUAUUCGUUCUGGAGACUACUACCUGUUUGACGAAUCUGAAGACGAGACAGAGGUGGAUGAUGAGAUCAAUACUAUGACAUUUGGUCAGGAUCCUGCUGCGGAGGAGGAUAAGGCUCUCAGUCCUAUUAAGCUGAUGACAACUGCAAUGACAUCUGGUGUGAAUGAAGCGGUGAAACAAUCUGAGCAAGACGAAAAGGACCUUGAUAGGGGACGCAGUCCAAGGCCCACCAGUCCGUCAGCAACAACUGAAACGUCUGAUGCUGCUGCGGAGCCUGACAAUCAGGGACUUGUUGCUACGGUUACUGAAGAGAAAAAAGAAGGGGAGAAGGGAACAGAAGAAGAACAGAAGGGUGAAGGCAUUGACAAAGUGAAGACCAUAUUCAGUUUCAUUGUUGCUCUGUUGGUGAGCUGUGCCAACUGGAUGACGGCACUUUUCAAUCGUAUUUCCCGUAACUACAGACUGGUGGCAGCCAAAAUGAAGGACGAUCACAUCCGCGUCAAGUUGCAAAUUCAGUCGGAGACGGGACACCUCACUGCGACAAACAUUGAGAUGAGGGAACCAGAUGGUGAACAAGAAGGAGCCACAGGAGCUGGUGAUGACCUCAUGGAGGUUUCUGUUCAGCCUGUGAAGCCGGUUGAUACACAGAUGGUACCUGUCAGUAGAAAACUCAGUCUGUCAGGGAUCGACCUAGACAGGUUUGAGGAGGAGGAGGAGGCCUUUGAGAAGAAGCAGUCCUGCAUCUAUAGGCUGCUGGUUGCCACGUACUUUGCCAUUGUUGCACGGACAGAGAUGGUGUGCUACUUCCUGAUGGUGCUGAACCACAUCCUGUCAGCCAGCCUGCUCUCCCUGCCCCUGCCCAUGUUUGCCUUCCUGUGGGGUAUGCUGUCCGUGCCUCGCCCCACCAAGACAUUCUGGAUCACCGUCAUCACAUACACAGAGGCGGUUGUCGUUGUGAAGUACCUGUUCCAAUUCGGCUUCUUUCCCUGGAACAACAAUAGCACUGAGGAUGACCCAUUCUUCCCGCCGAGAAUCAUCGGUAUAGAGCAGAAGGACAACUUCUGGGUGAUGGAUCUCAUUCUGCUCAUUGCUCUAUUCCUCCACAGGACCAUACUUAAGCGAUACGGGCUAUGGAAAGACGAAGAGAAGAUCAUCAUAGAUGACAGCAAGAUGUCCUCACCCCCUAUGUCUAACAUUGAGGCAACACAGGAAGAGAUAGAGGAGAUGGAGGCCCUACGAAGGGUAAGUCGGUCCUCCAGUAUGCAAGCUGAGCCCUCCAUGAUGAAAUCCCCAUCUUGCACCUCCAGCCUAGCGGAGAGCCAGAGGCCUGACGAUGACUGCGACAGCCGGGAUGGGAAGGAGGGGAAGAGCUUCAGUGUCAAAGCACUCUUUAAGCCUUUCAUCAACUUCUACAAACAACUGACCUGUCCUGAUUACAACGCCACCACAGAUGUUUAUGCAGCCAUGUUUGUCUGCGAUUUCAUCAAUUUCCUGAUCAUCGUAUUUGGUUAUCAGGGCUUUGGACCAUCUCAAUCAGCGUCUGGUGAUGUGGCCUCUUACAUCUCAGAAAACAGGAUUCCCAUUCCAUUUCUGAUCAUGCUCCUGGCCCAGUUCAUUCUGAUCAUCGUUGAUCGGGCGCUGUAUCUCCGCAAGAACAUCCUCGGCAAGUUCAUCUUCCAGAUACUGCUGGUGGUUCUCAUACAUGUCUGGAUGUUCUUCAUCAUUCCUGUUUGGACUGGAAAAUCCUUCACCAACAACAAGCCAGCGGCCCUAUGGUAUUUCCUAAAGUGCCUCUACUUCUACCUGUCAGCCUACCAGAUCAAGUGCUCCUACCCUACACGCAUUUUAGGGAACUUCCUCACCAAGAAAUACAACUACUUGAACCUCUUCCUCUUUAAAGGUUUCCUGGCUAUUCCAUUCCUGCUUGAGUUACGCACCCUUAUGGACUGGAUCUGGACUAACACGACAAUGGCCAUUGGAAGCUGGCUGCAGAUGGAGGAUAUCUAUGCCAACAUUUACAUACUCAAGUGUUAUCGCGUCAUUGAGAAGGAGUACCCAACACCAAGAGCUACCCCUAAGAGUGCUCUUAUCAAGUAUGGUGUUGGCGGACUAUUGUUAUUCGUAGUAAUAUUCAUCAUCUGGUUUCCGCUGGUGCUUUUUUCAUUUGCAAACACUGUGUAUCAGCCCAACCCACCAAUUGAGUGCAGAGUGUCUGUGGCAUUGGCCGGGUAUCAGCCCCUGUUUGAAAUAAUCGGUCAGCAGCAGAACAUUUUGCAGUUCAGCGAUUCCGAGUUUAGUACCAUGAAAAAGAGGAAUGAAAAAGACAAGGCUGCCACCUCCUUCUUGAACAACUACAAGACGGAGGAUGUGACCAAGAUUCUGCUGAAUGGAAAAUCCACGUCGGUAUGGACUAUCAGUCCGCCCAGUCGUAAACAGCUGGUUGAGGACCUGCUCAACCCUAAAGUAACCAUGAACUUGGACUUCUACGUGACCUUUGGCAGAGCCCCUCAUGAUCAGACAGGGGAGAGUAUCAGUAAACAGUUCCGUAAAGAGCUCACCGUAGAAAACAGGAACGAGACAGCCGCACUUCUGAAUGGAAAAAUCACCAAGCCAGUAAAAAUAAGCAAUGUGUUUCCACUGUACAUUCGACUGGCAAAGAAUUCAGCAUCUCCAGUAACAGCACUUCUUGGGCUUGGCACUGGCCACUAUACUGACAUAGAAAUUUCGCUGCAAAGUGAUAAUAGCACAGACCAAACAUUAUUUUGGUGGCAAAUAAAUGUCCCAGGAAAUCACCCGGACAAUUUCAUCGAAAUACUGACGUUCAACGACCGUGUGGCGCCUGCUGGAUUUGCUCUCAUUACUGGAUACGGAAUCAUAGGCUUGUAUGUGUCGCUAGUACUCGUGAUAGGCCGCUUUGUGCGCGUCUUCUUCAGUGACAUGUCAAAAACAAUCAUGUUUGACGAGCUACCCAACGUUGACGGCAUUCUCAGCCUAUGCUUGAACCUCUACCUGGCUCGAGAAUGUGGAGAAUAUCGACUCGAAGAACAGCUUUUUUCAAAACUGCUUUUUGUUUAUAGGUCUCCAGAAGUUAUGAUCAGGUUUACAAAGCCUAAGACCGAGUAGAAUUUGUUCAUAAAGCCUUAGACUGAGUAGUAUAUGUUCAUAAAGCCUAAGACUGAGUAGGUUAUGUUCAUAAAGCCUAAGACUGAGAAGUAUAUGUUCAAUUGUUCAUGUGUUAAGAAGGAUUAACACAGCUGAAGACUGAGCAUUUUAUGUGCAUGUGAAAAGAAAACAGCAGGUUCUAAAUGAUGUUAGUAUUUGCAUGUUGUUUUUAUUAAGAACUUGUAUUUUACAGUAAAUGAUGAUGAAAUCAUCUUGUUUCAUUGAAGAACAUUUUAUUACUUGUUGAUAUACAGGAAAGUAAUCCUGAAUUACAAACUAUCAAAAAAAUAGUUUUAAUUGGGAAGUUAGUUAGUUAUUAUGUUAAUCUAAACAUGUUUUGGCAAGGGUCAUUGCUGUCUACACAAUCCUUUGCCUGUGAUUCUAUUAAUCUAUUACCGCAGACACAAACUUAUCACAUACCAUGUUAUCAGACUUUUUAAGACUCAUUUUCGAGUGACACACUUGGAAAAUGUUAAAGCUAUAUGUUCAUGGUUUGGUAAAUUGACCAAAUUGAAAAAAAAAUGUUUCAGAUUUGCAAAUUGUCUUUGUAAUUAUGUUAUUUGUAAGGAAAAAAUACUGAUCUUUUUCCAUGCUCAAAAAUAUCAAUUACCGGUAUAUGAAUCUUUUGACGAUUUAAAAACCUGAAAAUUAUAAAGCGUUACAAACGCAGAACAAUUGAAUACAUGUAAAAUGGGGAGUUCUGUUGUUAUUCUUUUAUUUUGUUACACUACCUGGAAUACAUGUAAACAGUAUAAAAUGCAUCAUUAACUUUAAAAGCACAGAUGAACGAGCGCUUUAAGAGCCUCAUGGCCUUAAAUCAAAGGGUCUGUGGUUCGAGCCCAGGUGGGGAUAUUUCUUUCUUUUUUUAAUUGUAUUCUUGUUUUUACACUGAUGCUUUUUAGUUCUGAUGUUGACAUUUAUAAAUUUAGACCAUUUAAUGAUAAAUUUUACAAAAAUCUGAAAAAGUCUCUGAAAAAUGUUAUAUGAUUUACUUGUCAGUGUGUUUUCUGACUGAUGUCUAUGUCUAUAGACCAUACUUUCUUAUAUGUCUAAUGUAUUUGUGUGUUGUUUAAACACCAUUAUAUAACAAAAGCUUUCUUUGAUUGAUUUAAAACUGAUUAAAAUGCAGCUAUAAAUUAUUUUCAGGUGUAAGGCACUAUUAACUGUUUUGUAACUUCACUAUCAAAAUCCUACACAAUCGAUUCCAGAAUUUUUUAAAAACUGCUUUGAGAUUAUUUUUUUUCACUCAUUCGGAAAUGGGACCUGUAGUAUAUCAAAAAUAACGUUCUUGAAAUUGAGAAAAUAUAAAUAUUAAUAAUGAGUAUCUUAAACUACUUUUAUGACAGUUUCAAGGUUUACGACUGAGAUUUGCAUUUUUCAUUUUUAGGGAGAUUUUCUGUCUUUAGAUUCUUAAGUCCAGCUUGUAUGACUACCAUGGCAGGAGGAAUGUGCCCUUCAAAAAACUUUUACAUUUGGAAAAAAAACUUAAUUUCAUAAUUAUUUUGUCUUUUGAGGGACUUCAGUACACUUAAGGUUCGGUCCUCUUACGGAUAUUGAAUUUGUUAUGAAAAAGAAACACAUGGAUACUAAAAAUUGCCACAUUAUAAAGGAUGUAAAGUCUCAGAGCAUUUUUGAUCAGUUACACUCGCUAAAAAAUUUAGUUCUUUUAUGUUUGUUUUGUAAAAUCAACAAAUUAAAUAAUGACAUCAUUUGUUUUUUGCAUUUUUUUGCCAACCUUGCCAUGUUGUUAAAAUGAAUCUAUAUUAGCUAUGCUUUGCAGCGUUUCAUGAUUCUUACAGUCUGGGUCAAAAUAUCACAAUUUUAAAUUUGACUGUAACGAUUUUGUCUGUUAAUUAAUUAACUUUGAUUGUUUUAUACAUUUAAGAUUCUGUGAAGAGAUUUGGUGAUAACUUAUCGGGCAUUUAUGAGAAGAUUUGACAGCUUUGUUCUGAUUUGUCAUAUAAUUGUGUAAAUACUUGAUAAAAUUACCAGGAGAGUUGUACAUUACCUCAUUUACAUAAAUUUGAACUGGGAAGUUAUGUUUGCCUAUAUAUUGUGCUCAUAAUUUAAUACUCAUAAUCUUGCCAUAGUUUCAUAAUUUAUAUACAAGGAAAGAAAACAAUAUGUGUUGCAGCCAUUAGACUUUUUUAUUAUCCUUAUCUUAAUUGUUAAUUAGCAUGAAAUUUAAAUCUAUUAUAUGUGUAGCUUGAUUUUUUUUAAAGUAAUAUGUAAAAUCAUAUUUUUUGUUAAUAAAUUUAUACAAUGAUACCUUAUAACCAGUCCUCACUAGCUCAUUAUAUUUUCAAUUAUUGAACACAAACAGGAAUUAUUUUGUUUGAAGCCAUUACUUUGACCUUGCCCAUCCAAUAUAAAAUCCCAAGCAAGGUCUGGAUAUAAGAUGCAUUUUAAAAUUCCCAUAUGCUAUUGUACAAUUGAGCUGAAUUGUUUUGUGUGUACCUACAUUAAUAUUAACAAGCUGACAGCUCCCACUCAAUAUCUAAUCCCUAGCAAGCUUUACCUUGACCUUAGCAAUCACCUGCAAUCUUAAUGAAGUAUUUAUACAAGGUACAUUGUAUCUUUGAAUGCAGUCUAAUUUUAUUAAAAAUAUAAAGAGCAAUUGAACUUUUUUAGUUUUGGGGGCAUUAUCAUAUUUCUUGUUGUAAGCUAGUUUCUAUUUAAUGGCUCGAGUUAUAUAAAAACAAUUUCAAACAAGCAAAAUAGUAUGUUGAUGACAAAACGGUUGUUAUUGAAAUGCAUCUUAAUAUCCAGUUUGUUUUAGAAAAAAAAAAGAAUAACACUUUGAGAAGCACAAGAAAAGUUGAUCUCUAUUUGAAUGUAUCAGAGUUAUAUAGGCUACAGUGUACGUUGUAAACCAUGUUAACCAUUUUAUUAUUCUUUUAAACUGCGGGUGUUUGUUUUUGGUUCUUUUUAAUGCAUUGUUUUGUUUAAUUUAUGUAAUGGUGCAAUAAAUUGUGUAUGCGUUUUGUAUUUGUAUUGCUUCACAUUUUGCUUUGACAAAUAAAUGAUUUAAAUGU